AUGUCCUCACAAUCACGCCCAUCCAAUAUAAGUGAUACUGUUAAAUAUACAAAUAAAGCUAUUGGCAUAUCAGCGAGUGGCUUCAAAUUUGGUAUCUUUAGGAAGAAUGUGAAGGUGCGGUCUGGACAGAUGAGAGGCUAUGUUUCCGCUUACAAACAGUUCCCCCUUAAGUAUCACAAUGUCUACAGCCAGAUUGUCUGCACUCAAAGUGAAAAUUAUAUACCCAAACUCAACAAACGCUACUCCUGGACUGAAAAGGUUGUCAAAAUUUUGGAGUGGGACAUAAGAGAUGGUGUCUAUAUGCAACGUAGAUCGGCACCCAUAUUAAUUCUAUUCAUUUUCAUACUAGCAAUAAACAUAUGCAUAUCUUCACUCUUGUGGACAAGAAAGGUGAAUUUUGUAGAGUGUGAAAUACCAUACCACCAGCAACCAGUAGGAAAUCCUACCUUUGUUACAAUAAAAGUUACACAUAAGGAGUGUAACAAGGAUGACAAGUUUGCUCUUUUAGAGGCAGAUGAUAUUUUUGUUUAUUACAAGAUUACAAAUUACCCGCACUUGGAAAGUUCACUAUCUAACGGUAUCGUUCAGGAGCAAUUGGCUGGAAAUGUUAUAUCAGACUCAAAGCAACUACACAAUUGUGCUCCACUAGACUCAAUUGAGCAUAAAGGUGUAAAAAAGAUACUACAUCCAUGUGGUAUCCAUGCUUGGAACGUUUUUAACGACAAGAUCCGCUUUUACCGUUCUUCACCUACUGGUUCAUUAGCUGCUUCCAUUGAAAUUGAUGAAUCAGUCCCAACUUCCGCCAUGCCAUUGGAAAUUCAGCAUUUUAAGAACCCCACUCAAGAUAUAGUGGAUAAACACAAACAACAUACAUAUUUCUGGAUGCUCCCAGAGAAUGAGGAUUCAAAAGAGAUGGAUGACGAUGAGUGUUUGGCCAAUAUGUUGUACGAUGCGCUUAACUACGAGAAAUGUGGCAUUGGUGUUGAAAAUUCCCAUUUUGCCAUUUGGAUGAGUGGAACAUCAUUUUCCAACAUUAAGAAUUACUACGGGAAGCUAAAGGGGCCGUUGGAGUUGCCAUUGUACAUGUCUAUUGAGAACCGAUACAAUGUAGCCAAGUUCAACGGUACUAAAUCUAUCAUAUUGAGCAUACCAAGAUGGCCAUAUGGUUCAAGUCUGUCAUUGGAAAUUUUACACCUUGUUUUCACAAUUCUGACUCUCCUAUUUACAGUCAUAUAUGCAACAAGAAACACGAAUUCUUCCACAUUCCUUCAAAUGUACCAUGAAUCGAAGAUAAGAAAUAACAAGAAAUGA